AAAGGAGGGGUAGACGUCUGAGAAGCUAGCUGGAGAGGGAGUGUGGUUGGUUGUGUGUGUGUGCCUCCUCAGAGCUCUGGUUCGGCUGCUCCUUCGCUCCACGUCUCUCUUCUUCUUCUUCUUCUUCUCUCAGGCUGGUUUACUGUGCCGUACUGUGCCCCUCUGGAUCUCUCUGCUGUGGCAUCAAACUGAGGAGAGACGCCAAGACCAAGCACCCGACCUGUCACUGUCUGUCUGUCUGUCUGUCUAGCUGUCUGCCUGUUUAAAUCAGUCUAGCUGUCCGUCUAGCCAGUCUCACUUUUGAGCUUUUUAGUUCCAUUUUCUUGUGUUGUAAAAGUAAGACAAAGACAACCUCAAGCCGUCACCAUGGAGGCCAUCAAGAAGAAGAUGCAGAUGCUGAAGCUGGACAAGGAGAACGCCAUCGACCGUGCCGAGCAGGCAGAGACCGAACAGAAAGCAGCCGAGGACAAGUGCAAACAGCUGGAAGAUGAACUGAUGAGUCUGCAGAAGAAGCUGAAGGGAACGGAAGAUGAACUGGACAAAUACUCUGAAGCCCUCAAGGACGCCCAGGAGAAACUGGAACUAUCAGAGACCAAAGCAACAGAUGCUGAGGGAGACGUGGCGGCCCUGAACCGGCGUAUCCAGCUGGUUGAGGAGGAGCUGGACAGGGCUCAGGAGAGACUGGGCACCGCGCUGCAGAAACUGGAGGAGGCAGAGAAGGCAGCCGACGAGAGCGAAAGAGGCAUGAAGGUGAUUGAGAACCGGGCCAUGAAGGACGAGGAGAAGAUGGAGAUCCAGGAGAUGCAGCUGAAGGAGGCCAAGCACAUCGCAGAGGAAGCUGACAGGAAGUACGAGGAGGUGGCCCGUAAGCUGGUUAUCCUGGAAGGAGAGCUGGAGCGAGCGGAGGAGAGAGCUGAGGUCUCGGAAAUUAAAGCCAGUGACUUAGAGGAAGAGUUAAAAAAUGUGACCAACAAUCUGAAAUCACUGGAGGCACAGGCGGAGAAGUACUCUGAAAAGGAAGACAAGUAUGAGGAAGAGAUAAAGGUUCUCAGCGAUAAGCUGAAAGAGGCUGAGACCCGUGCCGAGUUUGCAGAGAGGACAGUGGCCAAAUUGGAAAAGUCUAUUGAUGAUCUGGAAGAAAAAGUAACAAGUGCCAAAGAAGAGAAUAUGGAGAUGCACCAGGUGCUGGACCAAACGCUGCAGGAGCUCAACAGCUUAUAAGGUGGAGGAGAGAGGAAGAAGACAAGAAGAAGAGGAAGAAGAGAAGAGGAGGAGGAGGAGGAGGAAGAGAAGAGACGGCGUUACACAUUCCAUGAAUUUCACACCUCGUUUUUCCAUUCCCAUUUCAGACGAAAAAAGAAAAGAAAAAGAAACCGUAGCAUACCUUUUUUUGAUAGGAGAUCAGCUACAUUGUUGUUAACACAGAUUGUAUUAUUCUGGAAAUGUCCUGAUGCCUUGAUACAAAGCAACUAUAUACAUUCCACAUUUAUGAUGUUACAACAAUGUUUACAUGUAUUUUUUAAAACUAUUUUAUUUUGUUUACAGUCCAGCAAUCACCAAAAAAAAAAUCACCUUUGUGCCGCCUUUGUGAAGCUGUGUCCUGUUGCUGUAGCAAUCACUUUAUGUAGAAUGUGCUAAAUUAUUAGUGGUAAUGCUGCAGGCCUAGAAACGAGGGACAAAACAAAACAUAGAUCAGCUGCGCCACCUGCUGGUAGUGUAUUAUAAGACACAGUGUGGUAGUUCCAAAGGCAGGACAUUGCACAGCGAUAGGGAUCUAGGCCUAUGUAAAACCAAUGCCACAGAGCAAGUUUGAAUACAGUUUUGCAUGCUUUCACAAUGGCUUUCAGUUUAUGGUGGCUAUUUCUGACAUUUGUUAUCCAUUCACGACAUGGGUGAAUAGGACAAGUGGACAGCAGCAGUAUGGAUAUCCUAGUUUAUUGAAGGUAUGCAUCAUUAGAGGAAGGGAGAGCCCACUGCCAUUAUUUUAUAUAGAGUAAAACCCCUCCUCUAAUAAUUGAUUACCUCUGAGUUCAUUUAACCUUUAGGCCUUUCCAGACGGUGAGAAUGCAGAAUUAGUGCAGACUCUUCCUCUUUGUCACACAAGGUGAUAGUGUGUGUUCCUCCAUGGUUAUGGGAAAGCCUAAUAAUUGUGCAGAUGUUCUGUAUGGGUCCAAAGUUUCGGUAACACAACUAUGGAAUAAACACAUCCAUUGAAUAAUUAUUUCCACAA